GCGUCGGGGCGGGAGGCUCGAGACCAGCCCGGGACCAGGGCUGGGCGCUGCAAGGCGGCGGCGCCGGCGGCAGAGGCGGCAGCGAGAGCCCGCUCUCCCACGCCCCCAGGCGGUGGGGCUAAGAGAGCCAGAGGAUGGCUCCGAGCGCUGACCUGAGUAUGUUCGGGAUGGCUCUGCUCCUGCUGCCCCUAUGGCUUCUGCCUCUCACUGGGGGAUCCCAGAGGGCUGAGCCCAUGUUCACCGCAGUUACCAACUCUGCUCUGCCCCCUGACUACGACAGCAAUCCCACCCAGCUCAACUAUGGAGUGGCAGUGACGGAUGUGGACCAUGAUGGGGACUUCGAGAUCGUUGUGGCAGGGUACAAUGGCCCCAACCUGGUUUUGAAGUACAAUCGAGCCCAGAAGCAGCUAGUGAACAUUGCAGUGGAUGAGCGCAGCUCACCCUACUACGCGCUGAGGGACCGGCAGGGGAACGCCAUUGGGGUCACAGCCUGUGACAUCGAUGGGGAUGGCCGUGAGGAGAUCUACUUUCUCAACACCAAUAACGCCUUCUCAGGUGUGGCCACCUACACAGACAAGUUGUUCAAGUUCCGUAAUAACCGGUGGGAAGAUGUCCUAAGUGAUGACGUCAAUGUGGCCCGUGGAGUGGCCAGCCUCUUUGCCGGACGCUCAGUGGCCUGUGUGGACAGAACGGGCUCCGGACGGUACUCUAUCUACAUCGCCAACUAUGCCUAUGGAGAUGUGGGGCCUGACGCACUUAUUGAAAUGGACCCUGAGGCCAGUGACCUGUCCCGAGGGAUCCUGGCACUCAGGGAUGUGGCUGCUGAGGCAGGGGUCAGCAAGUACACAGCGGGCCGGGGUGUCAGCGUGGGCCCCAUUCUCAGCAACAGUGCUUCAGACAUCUUCUGUGACAACGAGAAUGGACCCAACUUCCUCUUCCACAACCAAGGCAACGGCACUUUUGUGGACGCUGCAGCUAGUGCUGGUGUAGAUGACCCUCACCAGCAUGGGCGAGGUGUGGCCCUGGCAGACUUCAACCGUGACGGCAAAGUGGAUAUCGUCUACGGCAACUGGAAUGGCCCACACCGCCUCUAUCUGCAGAUGAGUGCUCACGGGAAGGUUCGAUUUAGGGACAUUGCCUCACCCAAGUUCUCUACGCCCUCCCCGGUCCGAACUGUCAUUGUUGCUGACUUCGACAACGACCAGGAACUGGAAGUCUUCUUCAACAACAUCGCCUACCGCAGCUCUGCAGCCAAUCGCCUCUUCCGGGUUAUCCGCAGGGAGCAUGGGGACCCUCUCAUCGAGGAACUUAAUCCUGGUGAUGCCCUGGAGCCAGAGGGCCGGGGUACAGGGGGCGUGGUGACCGACUUCGAUGGAGACGGGAUGCUGGACCUCAUCCUGUCACACGGAGAGUCCAUGGCUCAGCCACUGUCUGUCUUCCGGGGAAAUCAGGGCUUCAGCAACAACUGGUUGCGUGUGGUGCCUCGCACCCGGUUUGGGGCCUUCGCCAGGGGCGCCAAAGUUGUACUCUACACCAAGAAGAGUGGGGCGCACCUACGGAUCAUUGAUGGGGGCUCUGGCUACCUGUGCGAGAUGGAGCCUGUGGCACAUUUUGGCCUGGGAAGGGAUGAAGCCAGCAGCGUGGAGGUGACGUGGCCAGAUGGCAAGAUGGUGAGCCGCAGUGUGGCCAGCGGGGAGAUGAACUCAGUGCUGGAGAUCCUCUACCCUCGGGACGAGGACACACUUCAGGACACAGCCCCAUUAGAGUGCGGACAAGGAUUCUCCCAGCAGGACAAUGGCCAUUGCAUGGGCUGGCUUGGAGGGAAGCAUGGAAGCCAGGAAGCCAGUAAGGCAGCCGCUGCAGAAAUCCAGACACCAACGAAUGCAUCCAGUUCCCGUUCGUAUGCCCUCGAGAGAAGCCCGUGUGUGUCAACACCUAUGGGAGCUACAGAUGCCGGACCAACAAGAGAUGCAAUCGGGGUUAUGAGCCCAAUGAGGAUGGCACAGCCUGUGUGGCUCAAGUGGCCUUUUUAGGUGGGUAUUCUUCGGCUGCCUUUAGAAUCUCUGAGCCUCUCUCUCAAGCCUCAUACCUUCCUCUAGGCCUUGGACUUUGCCUUCAGUUAUAUGCACUUUAAAUCCCAUCAAUAAAGGAAAAAAAAUCUAACAACCUUUGUGGAAAACUAUCUCUCUCCUGCUGCCUACCUCUCUCCACACCCAAUAGAACCUGCCUUGUGCUCCUUCCGGUGGACAGCAGGGGUGGCCAUCUUUGCAAAGGGAAGUUUGGGAGAUGCUGGUGCGACCCUAGCUGUUUGUGAAGCCUUUCUUGGCAUGUUUUCUGAGAAAACAGAAAAGGAGAGUACCUCCUCUACCCCUUCCCUCAUUCCUCCCGAAGAACCAAGACAGUCACAGAGCUUUGUGAGCUUCUUAUUUCGCCCUUAACAAAGAUGGCCUCCGGGUGGUUGCUUGCUCGGUAGAUGCGGUAAUGUAUCCUGUGCCUGCUCGUUUGGCCUGUGCUGUUGCUGCUUUGUACAACCUGAUUCCCUCGGACUCUGAAAGCCUUAUUGGGUUGGUGGUGGUGACGGAAAGGCUGGCCCUUUGGGACCGCUGAUAAAAAUGCUUACAUUUGAA